AUGUUGUCUGCUCCUAUUAAUAUUCAAACAUGGCUUGAUGCACAUGCUGAUAAGCUUAAACCGCCUAUAAGUAAUUUUUGUUUAUGGAAUGAAGGUUUUACAGUGAUGGUUGUUGGUGGUCCCAAUUCCCGUGCAGAUUAUCAUGUUAAUGAGACUCCGGAAUAUUUUUAUCAAUAUAAAGGCCCAAUGACUCUUAAAAUUAUAGAUGAAGAAGGGGAAUUUAAAAGUAUUUUUAUUAAAGAAAAUGAGAUGUUUUUACUUCCUGAAAAUAUUCCUCAUUGUCCUAUAAGAUAUGAAAAUACAGUUGGUAUUGUGAUAGAACAGAAAAGACCUAAAGAUUCUAUGGAUCGUUUAAGAUGGUAUUGUACUGAUUGUAAAUCUAUUGUUUAUGAAGAGAUUUUCAGAUGUACAGAUCUUGGAACACAAAUUAAAGCCGUUGUUGAGAAGUAUUCAAACAAUAUUGAGCUCAGAAGAUGCAAAUCAUGUGGAAAAACUAAUGAUGUAUCUUAA